AUGACCAGGAUGAACUUCGGCGCCGAAGAGUGUGCCUCCACGCACGGGACCUCUUCUUUCCUCCAAUUAAUGCCUGAAGCUAGGUGUGCUGGUGUGCAACACGUCACCAGGAGCGUAGAGACCCCGCCUUCUCCAUUCUCCUGGUGCAGUUCUAGGCCAGCAGACUGCAGGCGUUUCCUUGCAGCUGCUUGUGAGCCCUGCAGGCACCCCGGCACGCAGUGUUCGUCAGUGCAAAUCAACGACGUAGUCUCCACAGGCGUGCCGGCAACGCCUCAGGAAGUGCAGCGGCGCGGCUUUCGAGGAGCUCCAGCGAUGGCUUCGGGCGAGGUGCUCAACGUGCCCGCAGACGGCCAUUGUCUCUUUGCCUGCGCUGUGGCCGCCCGUGAUGUGGAUCGUCUCCGGAGUCUCAGUCAAGAUGGGUUCGGGUUUCUGCGCUCCCAGCGCGAGGACCGUGAACUCGCUACGGCAUGUGCCAGACUCCGUGCUAUCGUAGCCGACAGGGCCGUCCACGAUGGCAGGUAUGAUGUCGUCGACCAGCUCACAUCGAGCAGCUUGCCUGAGGGAGCCAUCCUGCAUUACGUGGCAGAGUGGUUGGGAGGCUCCGUGCAUGUGACUGUCGAUGGGCUCGACACCGAGUAUGACGUGCUCUUUGGCGAAGGACCCAUUGUUUGCAAGUUGUUGCUCACAUAUCAGACGGGCCCGGACGGAGCGCCUGCGCCGCACUAUAACCUGGUGGGCAGUUGGAUGGCACAGCUGAAGACGAGAAAGAGGUCUCGGGCCGAGCGUGCGAAGACUAGCGGUAGCAGUAGCAGCGCAUCCAGCACAGCCUCGAUGUAA